UGACGACACAUGACGUUGUAUUACGCGAACCCAAACAGGAAGUGAGUGCAACAGCGUGGCUACAUGAAACGAUACACAUGUUUCUGCUCAGUAGAUUUAUCAGCCAAGCUACGAAAACACCAAGAGUACAGUUUCAGCAACAUGCACCUACAGAUUUCACAAAUUUGGUCAGAAGAUUUUAUGUACUUCAAGCCGAGCGUGUGGAGGCAUACAAGCUAUUUGAGGAGGGUCAUGAGGCGUACUUAAGGACGGGUCCCCACUAUGACUUCGAGCACUACAAACAGCUGGUGCAUGAGAUAACAAAAGCAUUCUGUGGCAUUUCCAAAGAGGUUCUGGAGAUUAAAGAGCAACUGCACCAAGACUUUGACAGGCCCAACCUCUCCGAACACAUUGACAAACUGCAGAUUAAAGAGAAGGAGAAACUAGAGCUGACAGCUAAGCUACAGUUGACCAAGCAGAAUGCCCAGGAUCACCCAGAAGAUGAGGAUUUCCAAGAGAAAGUUUGUGAAAUCAAACAGGAUAUCAUAAAGAAUACAGCCGCUUUGAGUGAGAUUCUGCAAGACUUCAUGUAUGACUCGGAGGAGCCGGAGUGAGAUUCAGUCAGUCAGUCUCAGGAGACAGAGAUGGAUUCAGAUCCUCUAUGAGCUUUCCUUUCAUCUAAGGUAUCGAUCGUUGUCUCAGGCGUUGUAUAGACAGAGUGCAUUGCUGCUGCUGAUGCAGGCUUUGCAAUGCAUAUUUUUAUUAAACAGAGUUUGGCAACUUUUAUUUCAUUAUUUUGUAUACAUUGAGAAUAGCUUAUGACGUUUUGUUUGCUAAACCAACACAAUGUUCAUUUAAAGUAUAAAUCAGUUCAUUCUGAAUGUAAAUAGCGUUCAUUAUUGUGUACAUAAUAAUAUUCAGCAAACGCUAAUGUGUUACAAAAUAUAUGAACAUUCCUUAAAUAUUUUGAAGACAUUUAUACAGACAAAAAUAUUUAUACAUAAUGAUACAGUAUUUACAUGAUGUUUUUGAACACAGAGGACAAACAAUUUGCAAAUUGCAUUUCCAAUACCAAUUAAAUGAUUUAAACUUGUGCUUUACCAAUUAAAC